CUGGUAGAAUUUAACUGAAUUUGGAGGAUGAAGUCCAACCUAAUGCAUUUGGUUCCCCCAGUGAGUAGGGACAGAAUAAUCUCCCAGUUUCCCAAGUGGUACACACCUGAGGCCUGUCUGCAGUUCAAAGAGCACUUCCAUGCGCAGGUCAGAACUGCUUGUCAACAGAGCACUGGAACAGUUGGGCUGAAAAUAUCCAAAGUUGUUGUGGUAGGAGACCUGUAUGUUGGGAAAACCAGCCUUAUCAACAGAUUUUGUAAAGAUAAUUUUGACCGAGACUAUAAGGCGACCAUUGGAGUGGAUUUUGAAAUCGAACGUUUUGAAAUAAUUGGAAUACCAUACAAUCUCCAGAUAUGGGACACAGCAGGUCAGGAAAAGUUCAAGUGCAUUGCAUCUGCUUACUACCGAGGAGCAGAGGUUAUAAUAACAGUGUUUGAUCUGGCUGAUAUCCAGACUUUGGAUCACACCAAACAGUGGCUAGAAGAUGCAUUGAGGGAGAAUGAGCCAGAUUCUAGCUUCAUCUUUCUAGUUGGAACAAAAAAAGAUUUGGUGUCAGAUGCUGUGUGUGAAAGGACAGAGCUAGAUGCUAUCCGCUUUGCCAAUGAGAUGCAGGCAGAAUACUGGUCGGUUUCAGCCAAAACAGGGGAAAAUGUCAGAGAGUUCUUUUCCCGAGUUGCUGCCUUGGCCUUUGAGCAGUCCAUGAUAAAGGAGCUGGAGAAAACUGCUGGGCGCACAGCCCAAAUUGGGGCAGGAAACCUCAUCAAACUGGAAAAGAAUGUGAUGGAAGUCCCAGAAGGCAACACUCAAGCCAGCCUGGGUUGCUGCUAA